AUGGCCUCCACUUCUUCUGCGCAGCCUCAGCAAAUCAAUGUGGCCGACUUGGACCUCCCGCAGCUCGCGGACGUUCGGAGACAGCUGGAGGAGGAGCUCACUCACCUCUCGAACUCAUUCGCGCAGCUGCGGCAGGCACAGGCGAAAUUCAGCGCAUGCAUGGAUAAUGUUAAGCAGGUCAAGCCUGAGAAUAAGGACAAGACGAUCCUUGUGCCUUUGACCAACUCACUAUACGUCCCGGGCAAACUAUGUGAUUUGGAGAAUGUGAUUGUGGAUGUAGGGACUGGAUAUUACGUCAAAAAGUCUCGUGCACAAGCGUUGAAGCACUACGACUCGAAAGUUGACUAUAUCAAGACAAAUCUGGAGGCGCUGCAGGAAACGAUUGGUAAAAAGCAGGACAAUAUGAACUACGUGGUCAACAUCAUGCAAGUCAAGCUGCAGGAACAGCCCGCUGGCAAAGGAGCAAAGAGCGGGUAA